GACAGUCAUUUCCUCUUGGUGCCGCCGUGAUCAACGCCAGCCCGGCACAGGAUGGGACGGGACAGGACAGAGAAUAUCAGUGCGCCUCCAAGGGCCUUGUGCCGUCGUACGGAGACCGCCCGAAAACUAACUGCAAUGGACGCAUUCCGCAUUCCCCAUAUCUGUUGUCGACGUCAAUGAGGCGUGUGGAUUUGCAUUCAAACAGUGGGUGCAAUGCAGCGUGCACCACACGACACAGCGCCGACGCAGGCGACCUUGCCUGGCAUGCACAAGCUCGGGCAGACCAAGCGUCAUCCUCACGGACACAUGUAUCCGAACCAAGGUACAGGCCCCGACACCAAAAGGCUUGCUGCUUCGAAUGUCUUUCAUGGCCUCCGUGCUGUACCAUCUCGGUUCAGCGACCGACGCUUUGUACUUCGUACCUCCAAAUAGGACUCAGAUUUCCCUCCAGGUGUGUGUGUGUGUCAUCCGUUUGGCACCCGACAUGGAGUCCGGAAUGCAGAGGCCGUGUUCCAGCAGCAAGCCUCGCGCAUUCACGCAAAGUAGUAUGCCAUCAAUACGCCCGCCAGAAGACCUGCCUCACAGGCUCUGAAUGGCACAACGCCGCCAGGUCUCGGCGGAACCAGGUUUGGCAAGGGGGGGGGGGGCGCACCCGAGAGGUGGGUGUUGGGUGGGAAAGGGAUGUGUGGACUUCGGGGAUGCCUCCUCCAAAAACAACAGAAAACCAUGUGUCGAUUCCUGGUGACCGCGCCUUCAAGGACUGAUGAGCGCCUGGCUGACGCCGGCGGAUACCUGACGGAUUGGGACUGGCUGUUUGCGACUGGCUAGGCCUGGGCUUGGUUUCUGGAUCACCGCCCAGCAGCGUCAUGGCGGCAUGUACGAAGUGCAGUGCAGGGGUUUCCAGGCUGACGAAGGAGCCGGACGGUGGCUUUGAUUG